CAGCUACUGCACUGGUUCUGUCAGUCAGCUGGGGUAGGUGGGGUCACAAAGAGCCAAGAUGGCUGACUUUGAGGAGCCGCUGUCAGAUGAGGAGAAGGUCCGCAUAGCGGCUAACUUUGUGACUCAUGCCCCCCCUGGAGAGUUCAAUGAGGUCUUCAAUGAUGUGCGGCUUCUUCUCAACAAUGACAGCCUCCUUAGGGAGGGGGCUUCGCACUCCUUUGCCCAGUACAACAUGGAUCAAUUUACACCUGCCAAAUUAGAGGGAUAUGAUGAGCCGGUUCUGAUCACAGAGCAUGGUGACUUGGGUCAAGGACGUUUCCUUGAUCCCCGCAACGGUUUAUCGUUUCGCUUCGACCACCUAAGAAAAGAAGUGAGCGACGUGCAGCCAUAUGAAGGAGAGACAGCCCUCAGAAGUUGGAGAGAUGCCUGUGAUACUGCCCUUAGUGCCUACGUCAAAGAGCACUACCCUACUGGAGUCUGUACGGUAUAUGGGAAAACGGUUGAUGGUCAGCAAACGAUUAUAGCCUGCAUUGAGGGACAUCAGUUUCAACCCAAAAACUUCUGGAACGGUCGGUGUAGGUCAGAGUGGAAGCUUACUAUCGGUCAGCCCACUGCUCAGGUGGUUGGAGUAUUGAAAAUACAGGUGCAUUAUUAUGAAGAUGGGAAUGUGCAGCUGGUUAGCCACAAGGAGGUAGAAGAAUCCAUGCCAGUGACCAAUGAAAUCCAGACAGCUAAGGAAUUUGUUGAUAUUAUUGAGAAUGCAGAAAAUGACUACCAGACUGCUAUCAGUGAGAACUACCAGACCAUGUCUGACACUACAUUUAAGGCUCUGCGUCGUCAGCUGCCUGUCACACGCACGAAGAUCGACUGGAAUAAGAUUCUAAGUUACAAGAUUGGCAAGGAAAUGCAGAACGCUUAAAGGAGGGCCAGGGACUGACCAGAGAAAUGCCUGGUGGCCCACAACCCACCUAUACCUGCGCAAGGAGUAACCAAAGCAAAACUAUAUUAAUAUGGGGCAAGGAAAUAACAAAAACAAACAAUAAAAAAAAAGAAAAUACAACUAAAGGUGUGCAGACUGUUAGGCACAGAUAUCUGUCUCUUGCAAGGAAUGUUCAGUUAUGGGAAUAAUGGUUUAGAGAAAGUGGUUGUAUGUUUUGAAAGGACUGUGUUUGGACAGGGCUGUGCUCAGGACCGCAGCAUUCGAGAAGUAACUUUCCUCUGAACAUCUAAGGAUCACAGACCUUAGAUGCUGGUGUGAGAAGGUGUGUGUGUAUAUAUACUGUUUUCUUAGUAAAACUGAUGUAGAACUGUGAUUUUACAGUUCUCAGCACACACAAGAACCAGGAUGCACAGAGCAGCUCAUAAGAGAAAUUAAGCACACAUCACCUGUCUCUUUUUUUUGGGGGGGGGGGAUUUUGUAAGAGUUUUUGUGUUAUUGCGGUUUCCAUGGAAUUGGAACUCAAAUGCAUGGGUAAAAUCAAAAGACAGACAAAAAAAAGUGAGUAGCUGUUAUCUGUGGCAGUGUAACUUAUACCAAGCUGGUAGUACUUCUGAGCUGACAUGGGGCUUAGUUACACACUGCUAACAAAACUGACAAAUAUUUCUUCCUGUUGUGAACACUUAUGACUAGCACAAUCCUUAGCAUAGCUCUGUUCCUGCACCUGCGUGGUUGUCAGUAUGUUACAGCCAAAGGAAUGUUUGUUUUCUGUUGUGCUCCUCUGAUGUAUGGUCUCUCCACCCAUGCAAGCUAUGACUGAAAUAAUGAGAUAAAGCAACUUCUAUGCUGCAGCAUCUGUAAUACAUUCUGUUCUUACUUUGGCAACACCUUCAUUGCUGUACAGCUUUUCCUUUGUAUAGAGGAAAACUUAUAUACUCACAUUAACCAAGAUUUAUUUGCCAAAAUCUCUUUCCUAUGGUAAAGAACUCCAUCUUCCCAUCCAUUUAUGCAAAUAUCUAUUUUAAUAUGCAGGUUUUUGUUGGAGUCUCAGAAAAUUGCGCUCUUAACUGCAACAAACUGUGUAUUGGUCAACACCAAGUGGACACAGAGCAGGUGCAAUGUGAGGCAUGAUCGUACUGUAAAUGGUUUGUGAGACCACAUCAUACCCUGUGUUACAUGACUUACAGGACUCUGGAUCAGUUCAAUGUUAGUUCUACUAUGUGUGUGUUCAACUCUUAUAUUACACAACUGUGUGCCGAUCAGUACUGCCCCAUUCUGUUCAAAUAAAGAGAUCGAACAUGA